AUACUGGGCUACAUCACCCUGUAUUAACAAUUAUCUUCUUGUAUUGUUACUGUUUUUAAUGCUAUGUGAAGACAGAUCAUUCCCAAUAAAGUUCCUUACUAACUAUUGAAUCACAUUAUAAAAGCAUUAUCUUUGCAAAUACUAUGGACAGGAAUAAAAAUUGCAGCAACUUCCUUACAGGGAAAAUUACAAUAUUACAAAUUACAACAUGAUUAUCUGAACCUAUUCUUUGAUGAUGUGGCUCUCAAACUAAUUCACACUGUAUUCUCUGACCAGAUUGUACAGUUCAAAUGAUGUUAUUUUGAUGUUAUUUUACACCAAAGUAGCUCUUAACUUUUCACUUUUCCUCUAAGUUACUGUUUAUUUGCAUAAUCCCCGUCAAACACUGACGCACAGAUUUAUAAAUAAAGGUUGUUAAUAUCUGUCAGCCUUCCAGGAACUCUUGUUACCUGUUUACAUGUUUCUAUGCUCACACACACAGUAAAGGAACUUCCUGUUUAUGGCCAGCUGUGCCCCACUGUAUCCUGACUGAGAGCCCGACCAGAUCCUGGCAUCUGAGCUCUGACCUCUAACCCUGGAGGGCCGGGGGGGCCGGCGGGGAGAAAAUGCGGUACACCACCCUCUUGGCCCUGCUGACUGGGGUCAUGCUGUACCUGGGGAUGGGAGCGCUGGUUUUCCGCACCCUGGAGGCCCCCAAGGAGAGCUCGUCAUACGACGACCUGCUGAGAACCAAGCAAACCUUCCUGGAUAAUAACUCCUGUGUGACCGAGCUGGACUUCCACAAGCUGGUGAAGGGAGUGGUGUCUGCAGUGGACGCAGGUCUGGAUGUGAGCAGACUGUCCGACAACUUCACCAGCCGCUGGGACGGACCCUCCGCCUUCUUCUUCUGUGGCACCAUCAUCACCACCAUAGGCUUUGGGAACCUGUCUCCUCGGACAUGGUACGGCCAGCUGUUCUGCGUGUGCUACGCCCUGGUGGGCAUCCCCAUGUUUGGCAUCCUGCUGGCUGGAGUGAGCGAUCACAUGGGCACCGUGCUGCGCAGAGCUGUGGCCAAGAUUGAAACCCUCUUUCUGAAACGAAUGGUCAGGCCGACCACCGUGCGCGUGAUCUCGGCGGUUCUCUCCAUCCUGAUUGGUUGUCUGAUCUUCCUCGCCGUGCCGACGGUCGUGUUUCAGAGAGUGGAGGACUGGUCCUUUCUGGAGUCUCUCUACUUUGUCGUCAUCACUCUCACCACUGUCGGCUUCGGAGACUAUGUACCAGGUGGUGGUCGUGAGGAUGGCUUGUUCUUCAAGCCUCUGGUGUGGUUGUGGAUAGUUUUUGGUCUCGCCUACUUUGCCUCCAUCCUCACCAUGAUCGGCAACUGGUUGAGGGUGCUGUCGAAGAGGACUCGCGCUGAGAUGGAGGAGUUGAGAGCCCAUGCCACAGACUGGACCCAGAACAUCCAGAACAUGUCCAUGGACUUCCGCAUCCCAAACCCUCUGGAGUUCAACGACCCCUUCCUCCUGCAGCGCCGGCGCUGGAAACGCAGUGAGCGCCGUCGCAUGCGUCGGGGAGCCGAGGGCACUCUGGGAUACUGGGCUCAAGCGGGAUCUCAGAAUGGAUACCUGCCGAACCGCUGGGGCGGCCUCUCCAGUUCCAUGAGCCGGCUGGAGGCCCACUCGUCUAUCGAGAGGGCGGUGGUGGCGAAGUCCAGGCCACGGGUCAGUGCUGUUGGAGGGGGAACAGUCCCAAGAGCAGGGCCUGGGCUGAGGGUCGAGCCCACUGUGGGUCUGCACGUGGAGCGAAGGUCGUUUCCUCACCUGCUGGCCCGCUCGUUUUCCGUCCCGAUGGCCCACUCCACCUCGAAGCUGAACGCGGCAGCUGCAGCCAUGCAGGGAGAAUCUCUGUCUGGAUCAGAGUCUCUGUAUGACUCCAGAUCAGACGGCUCCUCGUUCUCCUCGUCCUUCCUGGCGCUCCACCAGUUCCAGCCCUGCUGCACCAUCAGCACCAUGGAGAAGGGAGGAGCGAGAGCCACAGACAUGGACGCAGUACAAGAGAAAUACAAACUGCUUCCAGCAAAGAAAUGUGGAUCUGUAGCAAACAGUACCUACAAACAAUCACAUACCCCAGCCUUUCGCCCACGCUCCUCCCCUCCUCCCCCCUUUUUACCUCAUUCUCCGCCACAAAUUAUCCUUCCCUCCCCUCCCCUCAACACGGCCUCCUCGGCCAGUUGCCAGCUACUGGAUUUUUUCGGGGAGAACCUAGCAUACAUCGAUGAGUCCUCAGACACGCUGAGCGACCGCACCCAGCCGGGGGCGAGCGAGGCAAGGAAGAAACGACCGCGAAAGCCCAAGAGGAGGAGCAUGAGGAGGCAGCUGCCACACAAGUGGAGCCCCCUGCAGGUGAGGAAGCCCAACAGUGACAUGCAGCCACCAUCAAAUCCCCCUACACCACCCCCAGACUCUUCUCUGUCAGACCUGCCCUCAUCGAAGCAGCAGACAGAUUCCGCCCCUGCACUCUGACGACCACCACAGCCACAACAUGACAUGACAACACAUAAACACCCCAAAACAACAAACCUGACACUCGCGCAACAUGCAAACCAUAUCCACAUCUCACUUCACAAGUCAGCAGCUAACCCCUGCUAUUUAUGUUUGACCUCGCAAAGUCAGCCCAUGAACUUUGCUUUGUUACUGUGUGAUGUGACAAAGUUCAAUAGAUAUUUGCUCAGGACAGAAAUCUCCACAAUAGAGGAUUUAUGGCUGUUUUCCUCCACAGAGAAACUCCAGGUUUUUCCUCCAAAAACAAUCUAAAAAGACAAAUAGGCCUUUUCGAAUGAGGGAAUUUUAUUUGACUUUAAAAUCGACCACACCUGCCGUAAAUAGUUGGCCGGGAAUUCUCGAGGUUUCAGGAGGCAAUGAGUCACAUCAUGAUCCAGACAUCAUUACACAUAAUUAUCCUCUAAGUUGAUCUGACUUCCAGCCACUGAGCUCAGUCGAUGCUGCUCAGACAGAUUCUUCACUAAGUGAAGAUUUAAGGUGGAUUUGUGAGGCUAACAUUUGACGACUGACUAACAGCCUUAAAUUCAGUGCAGGGUUUUACGGCUGAGGUGGAGGCCACUUCCACUAACAUCAAAAAUGAUGUUACGAAAUAUAAAAUAUAAGAAUGCGACUGCUGUUUAGGACACCAUCUACUAACGAAGAUAAUCACAAGACACAGUGCGUCAAGUUCUUCAUGGGUGUCUUUCCACUUCAAAUUAAAAAGAUUCCUGUGGUAAAACCCUGUGGUGGGUGGAGGAAGUGAACCACAACAACCGUACGUCAGUGUUCACGCUCAAACCAGCGUCUGUCGCCUG